GGUGUGGGUGACUCGAGUGCCAGGAGAGCUUUGAAUAACAGAGGGAGAGGGGAGAAAUAAAAGGAAUAAGCGCCACAAGCCCUCAGUCUUCCAGCAGCAAAGAGAAGACACAGGAAUAACCAUGCCUGAGCCGGUCCCUGCAGCUAAACAAGAGGGCCAAGACGAAGCCUUGGCAGAUGGAGCAGAGUCAGACACUGAUGGGGAUGAGCCCGGUGCGACUGAGCUCUCCGGGCUCUUUGUCGAGAAACCUGCCCAAGAAGUAGUUGCUGUUGCAGGAUCAGACAUCACUUUCAUAGCCAAGGUUGACUCUACCACCCUGGCAAGAAAACCCACCAUGAAAUGGCUAAAGGGAAAGUGGCUGGAUCUUGGCAGCAAAGCCGGGAAACACAUGCAGUUCAAAGAAACCUACGACAGAAACACUAAGAUCUAUACCUAUGAGAUGAAGAUCGUUAAAGUGGUCCCUGGAGAUGCUGGAGGCUACAGGUGUGAGGUGACGGCAAAAGACAAGUGCGACAGCUCGACCUUUGAGAUCACUGUUGAGGCUGCACAGCAGGAACAGCAGGCGGAUAUUUUGUCUGCUUUCAAGAGGGCGGAUGCUGGAGAGGAUGAAGGUGAUCUGGAUUUCAGUGCACUGCUAAAAGCUGCUAAGAAGAAGAGACCGGAAAAAGAGGAACCACAAAUAGAUGUGUGGGAAUUGCUGAAGAAUGCCCAUCCAAGCGAGUAUGAAAAGAUUGCCUUUGAGUAUGGAAUCACUGACCUGAGGGGCAUGCUGAAACGUCUGAAAAAGAUGAAUGUACAGCCCAAGCAUUGUGAGGCUUUCCUGAAGAGGCUGGAAUCCUGCUACUCUGUGGAAAAGGGCAAGAAGAUUGUCUUGCGGUGUGAGGUGGUUGAUCCUGACAUCCAAGUCACAUGGCUGAAGAAUGGCCAGGAGAUCAAACCCUCAGCAAAAUAUGUCAUGGAAGCAAACGGCAACGUCAGAACCCUCACCAUCAAUAAGACCACCCUCGCUGAUGAUGCUGCAUACGAGUGUGUGGUUGGUGAAGACAAGUGUUUUACAGAGGUGUUUGUCAAAGAGCCUCCUGUGACCAUCACCAAGCUGAUGGACGACUACCAUGUGGUCGUGGGCGAGAGAGUGGAGUUUGAGAUUGAGGUGUCAGAGGAGGGAGCCCAUGUCAUGUGGUUCUUUGAGGAUCAAGAGCUUCACAAAGACGUAGACUCCAAGUUUCGCUUUAAGAAAGAUGGAAGAAAGCACACGCUUAUCAUUCAGGAGGCUACACUCGAUGACAUCGGAAUGUACCAUGCCUGGACAAAUGGAGGGCAUACCAAAGGAGAGCUGGAGGUGGAAGAGAAGGAACUGGAGGUUUUGCAGGACAUUGCUGAUCUGACAGUGAAGGCAGCAGACCAGGCUGUGUUCAAGUGUGAAGUGUCUGACGAAAAGGUCACAGGAAAGUGGUUCAAAGAUGGAGUGGAGGUCAAGCCAAGUGACCGUCACAAAAUGAGUCACAUUGGAAGGUUUCACAAGCUGGUUAUUAAUGAUGUGAAGCCAGAAGAUGCUGGAGACUACACAUUUGUUCCUGACGGAUAUGCUCUGUCACUUUCUGCCAAACUCAACUUCUUGGAAAUCAAGAUUGACUAUGUGCCUAGACAAGAUCCUCCAAAGAUUCACCUGGACACCACAGGAAACAUGGUCUCGCAAAACACCAUUAUUGUGGUGGCGGGCAACAAGCUGCGUCUGGAUGUGGAGAUCACAGGAGAACCGGCACCCACUGUUGUGUGGUCUAAGGGAGAUAAGCAAAUCACAGAGAAUGAAGGCCGUGUACGGGUGGAGACCACGAAAGAGAUCAGCUCCUUUGUCAUUGAGGGGGCAGAGAGGGACGAUGAGGGCAACUACACCAUCAUUGUCACCAACCCAGUGGGAGAGGACAAGGCUGUCCUGUUUGUGAAGAUUGUAGACGUGCCUGAUCCCCCUGAGAAUAUCAAAUGCCAAUCAGUGGGUGAAGACUGUGCUACCAUUGUCUGGGACGUGCCCAAAUUUGAUGGUGGUGCACCAAUCAAAGGUUACCUCAUGGAGAGGAAGAAGAAAGGCUCCUCCAGAUGGACAAAGCUCAACUUUGAUGUGUAUGAGUCCACUACAUAUGAGGCUAAGAGGAUGAUUGAAGGCAUUUUCUAUGAGAUGAGGGUGUUCGCUGUCAACAGCAUUGGUUUGUCUCAGCCGAGCCUCAACUCCAAACCCUUCAUGCCCAUUGCCCCAACUAGUGAGCCAACGCGCUUGACAGUGCAUGAUGUGACGGACACCACAUGCAGCCUGAAGUGGCUCGCCCCAGAGAGGAUUGGAGCUGGAGGCCUGGAUGGUUACAUCAUUGAAUACUGCAAGGAUGGAGACACUGAGUGGAAAGCGGCAAACCAGGAGCCUUGUGAGAGACAGUGGUAUGUGGUGCGUGACCUCCCCGUGGGAGAAAAGGUCAACUUCAGGGUGGUGGCAGUAAACAUGGCUGGACGCAGUCCUCCCGCAACACUGCAGCAGCCUGUCACCAUCCGUGAGAUUGUUGAACAUCCAAAGAUCCGCCUUCCUCGUGAACUAAGAACAAAGUACAUCAGAAAAGUUGGAGACAAGAUCAACCUGACCAUCCCCUUCCAGGGUAAACCUCGCCCUGUCGCAAACUGGUACAAGGAUGGUCAACCUGUUGACCCCAAGAUAAUCAAUGUCCGUAACUCAAAUGUGGACAGCAUCCUCUUCAUCCGCUCAGCAGAAAGAGAGCACUCUGGAAAAUAUGAGCUGGUUCUACAGAUUGAGAACUUGGAAGACAGGGCCACCAUUGACAUCAGGGUUGUUGAGAAGCCUGGACCUCCACGGAACGUGAGGGUGACAGAUGUCUGGGGCUUUAAUGCAGCACUGGAAUGGGACACCCCAACGGACGACGGCAACUGUGAGAUUCUCGGAUACACAAUUCAGAAGGCAGACAUGAAGACCCAGGAAUGGUUCACCAUUUAUGAGCAUAACAAACGGACCCACUGCACAGCCUCAGACCUGAUCAUGGGCAAUGAAUACAUGUUCCGUGUCUACAGUGAAAAUAUCUGCGGCCUGAGUGAGGAGCCACGCAUGAGCAAGAACAAGGCUACUAUUGCCAAAACAGGCCUGGUACACAAACAAAACCCCUACAAGGAGAAGGAAAUGAGCUGCGUGCCCAAGUUUACUCAGCCAUUGCUGGACAGAUCUGUAGUGGCUGGUUACAGCACUGCCAUCAGCUGCUCUGUCAAAGGCUUCCCUAAGCCUAAGAUUGUCUGGAUGAAGAACAGAAUGAUCAUUGGUGAAGAUCCCAAAUACUUGAUGCAGAACAACCAAGGUGUGCUGACCCUCAACAUUCGUAAGCCAAGCACCUUUGAUGGAGGCAAAUACUCCUGCAUGGCUGUCAACGACCUGGGCAAGGAUGAAGUGGAGUGUAAGCUGGACGUCCGAGUUUACACAGAACAACAGGACAAGAAGUGAGAAGCCGAACAGCAAAGAAUGUGAAAUGAACCAAACAGUGGAAUAACAGUGAAUGUCACUAUGUAGAGUUCACACUGUCAAUAGUGAAUCUAAUAAAAUGUAGCAAUGCCUGACAUUAACAA